AGGAUUGACACAAUCUCCCUUUCUCUCUCAAUCCCUCUUUCUCUCUCUUUCUCUCUCCCUCUCUCCCUCUCUGUUUCUCUGUCUCAACCCCUCUCUCUCCCCCCCCACCCCCUCCGCGCCUUGGACACAUUUGCAAAGCCAGCCAUAACUCGCCCUGCAGCCACCGUUUGCGAAGUGGAGACGAGCCCGGGUCCCGACCCCCCGGCUCCGGCAGCGGCUCCGCCCGGCAGCAGCUCGCCUCGGCCGGCCGCGGGCGACAAGGGCAGCCGCCGGGUCCGCAGGAUGGCUCGCUUGGCCGCAGAGUUGCUGCUGCUCCUCGGGCUCCUCAUCCUCACCGUCCACAUCACCGUCCUCAGGAGCUUGCCCCUGGGCCAACAGGAGGGCAACAGCACCCCGGGGGGAGAGGGGCAGAACAACGUCAAGGAAGAAAAGUCGUCCUUUCCUAAUUCUGCCCGGACGGCAGGGUCGGCGCGGGAGUCCAACGGAAGAGCCGGUUCUGCCCGCUACCAGAAUGACGGCAGAACCUUGGGCAAGGCCCAGGCUCAGCAAGAUGACGUACAUGCUCCCCUUCAGAGAGACAGCCCACGCACAUUCCUGUUGGAUCUGGAGAACUUCCCUGACCUGUCCAAAGCCGACAUCAAUGGACAAAACCCCAACAUACAGGUGACCAUUGAGGUGGUGGACGGGACGGAGAUGGAGGCGGAGAGGGAUCUGCGCAAGGUGGCCAAGCCCAGCUGGCCAGGGCCCUCGCCGGGCUGGCGGGGCUGGUGGCAGAAGACGGCGGCCACCGCCUCGGCGCACGACGGCGGCGGCGGCGAGCGGGCAGAGGACAGCAACUUCCUGAACCCCGCCGGCAGCUGGGACCGCGGCACGGUGACACAGCGGCGGUGGGAACCAGAGGGACAACCCGAGUAUGAUUAUGCGGAUGGAGAGGGGGACUGGAGCCCGUGGUCGCUCUGCAGCGUUACCUGUGGAAGCGGUAACCAAAAGCGCACCAGGUCCUGCGGUUAUGCCUGCACCGCCACCGAAUCCAGGACGUGCGACAUGCCAAACUGCCCCGGAAUUGAAGACACGUUCAAGACGGCCGCUACGGAAAUGAGUCUAAUGGCCGGAGGUGAAGACAUAAAUGCCACCGAAUUAUUUGGGAUAGACACGGACAGCUGUGAGCGGUGGAUGAACUGCAAGAGCGAGUUCCUGAAGAAGUACAUGCACAAGGUGGCGACUGACCUGCCCAGCUGCCCCUGCUCCUACCCCACCGAGAUCGCCUACAGCACGACGGACAUCCACGACCGGGCCCAGCGCCGCCACUUCCGCUGGAAGGACGCCAGCGGGCCUAAGGAGAGCCUGGAGAUCUACAAGCCCACCGCCCGCUACUGCAUCCGCUCCAUGCUGUCCCUGGACAGCACCACCCUGGCCGCCCAGCACUGCUGCUACGACCAGGCCAUGCGGCUCGUCACCCGCGGCAAGGGCGGCGGCACGCCCAACCUCAUCAGCGUCGAGUUCUCCGCCGAGCUGCACUACAAGGUGGACAUCCUGCCCUGGAUCGUCUGCAAGGGCGACUGGAGCCGGUACAACCAGGUCAGGCCCCCCAACAACGGCCUGAAGUGCACAGACAACCCCACGGAUGAGGUGUACAAAAAACAGGUCCAGGAGGCACGGGAGUAUUAGAGGAUGAGACUCUCUUUCUCCCUCCCUCUCUCCCUCUCUGUCUCUCCCUCCCUCCCUCUCUCCAUCCCUCUCUCCUUCCCUCUCUCUCCCUCCCUCUCACUCCUGGGCACCGAUUCAUGGACUGAAUAUCCGCAGCCACUUUCUGGAGAAGCUGUUAGAUUCCCGCCCGCUGCCAGACAAGCAUUGCUUUAGGAUGAGUGCAGGCAAGGAGCAGGAACACCAGGCUCUAGAAACUUCAGUCACUUGGCAUCUUGUCCAAGCUUUCGAGGACCGUUUUGUGUUAGUCAGGGCUGGGCUCGCAGUUCAAAGGGAAAGUCUAUGUCUCUUUUUUUUCCCCGGGGUCCAGGCAAUGAAAGGGAAGCACAUUUGUUUAAUCUGAUUCAGUGGGAGGGGGUGGGGGUGGGGAAUAAUUGCUGCAGUGUGCCCGUGGCAUUCAAAGCAUUCUCUGGGCUGGAGUCACUUUCAGUGAAUCAAACCAUUAACAAAGGAAGUGCCACUUUCAAGAGUUUCGGCCCCUGUUUAUUCCACUUUGGUUUUCGUUUCGUCUCCAGACCGCCCCCCCCCCCCCCUUCUAAUUUGUUUAUACGUUUUUUUUUAGCUUGUACAAUACAAAAAUGUUACCGAAGAUCUUUGCUUUGUAAAGGUUGUGUCAUAGAGAAUUUUCUUAUUGAAACCUCUUUUAAACAAUGUCCUUAAGAUUG